CCAGUAUUUAAGGUCUCAGUUUGAAAUCAUUCUAAGCACAGAGAGCAGACCAGCAAAUACUUCUACUAGCUUGUCGGUUUUUCUCAUCAACGAUUGUUUAGAAAGUGCAUGUUCAGUGGUCUUGUCCGGGCAGUUUGAAAGCUGAGCUGGUGUGCAUUCACCAGCAGACUUGCUUCUUCAUCUCCCUGGGGCAGUCUAUCUCAAUUCUUGGCGACGAUGCCAAACUGGGGUGGAGGGGCCAAAUGUGCAGCCUGUGGGAAAACCGUGUACCAUGCUGAGGAGAUUCAGUGCAAUGCCAGAAGCUUCCAUAAGACCUGCUUCAUCUGCAUGGCUUGCAGGAAAGGUCUUGACAGCACAACAGUGGCUGCCCAUGAGUCAGAAAUCUACUGCAAAACAUGUUAUGGGAAGAAAUAUGGACCCAAAGGCUAUGGAUAUGGCCAGGGAGCUGGGGCAUUGAGCUCUGAUCCACCUACGGAGAGCCUGGGGAUCCAGCCACAACAAUUCAAACCUCAUCACCCUACAGCAAGUUCAAAUCCCAACAAGUUUGCACAGAAGUUUGGUGGAUCAGACCACUGCCCCCGAUGUUCAAAGGCUGUCUAUGCAGCAGAGAAGGUCAUGAGUGCUGGAAAGCCCUGGCACAAAACCUGCUUCCGCUGUGCAAUCUGUGGGAAGAGUCUAGAGUCCACAAAUGUAACAGACAAGGAUGGCGAGCUCUACUGCAAAGUUUGUUACGCCAAAAACUUUGGCCCAAAGGGAAUGGGAUUGGGAAAUCUUGGAAUGGUGGAAGAUCAAGAAUGAAGGCUCAGAAGUGUUCUGGACUCCAAGAUGAUUUUCACAUGGCACUGUACACAGUUCAGUAUUACACAGUGGAGGUAGUUGUACAGCAUAUUAAGAUUGGUUGAGUUACAGAAAAUAUAAGUGUCCUACACAUAUAUGUAUGGCUACAUACAUCCUGUAAGGUCAGCCAUAAUGACAGAUGCUUAGCAAAAUAUUUUUAAUAAUAUAUAUGGAAAUGUUUAUACUAAUAUUCACCAUAUAUACAAAAAAUCUUAGCAAGGCAACUUCAUAUUCUGAAAAGAUGUUAUUGUCUAAAUGCAUUAAUGCUUAUUAUCAGAAUUCAUUACUAUUCAUUAUUUAUCUGACUCAAUCUGCCACAGUAAAUAAGUGUAUAAUUAAAAUAAGCAUGUCAGUACAAAACACGUUUGUAUUCAGUCAUGUAAUUCAACAGAAAGAAUGUUCACACAGAGCUGUCCAACAUAUAACUGGUUUGAAAUCAUUUCAUGAGAAUUAAAAAUAAAAAAAAAAGAUU